GAGCCAGGCUCCUAACACUGCCCAAGCAUCUGCAUCUUCUACAAUCUAAAGGCAUCCGUCAGAAACUCCCAUCUGAGAGUAUUUCCCCAGAGGCCCUGGUAACAUCCCCCUGGAAUAGGACCCUUCAGCUAUCAAAUUCCCCUGGCUCUCGGAAUUGGACAUUAUCCCUCAGAGGGGUGUGAGCACGGCGGAUUGAGACAUUUGUCCUCCCGAACUCAACAGAUUCAGCGUCACCAGUUAUGAGGGAUUCUUGGGUCCUGACUCUGCGCUUAAAUUGUUUUGGAAUGGGGCCAGGUUGUGAGAUGUCUCCCAGGGCACUUUAGCCCAGCUUUUAAAGGCCACACAGAGGGCCUUUGGUGGGAGAAAUUUGUCAUGGAGGGUACAGUUUUAAAGCAUUUCUGUCUCUCAGUAAAGGCUGGUAAAUAGACUGAUAAAAGGACCCCAGAAUCUAGACUUCCAGGAUUUAGAGGGGUGCUAGACUGUCAGAGGUCAUAUAUCAAGAGAAAAACUCAAGAGGGUCUCUCAAACUCAUCUGACUUCACAGGUCCCUAGAAUUAAAAUCUUGCAAAAAGAUGGGUGCUGAGAGACCUAGACAGUUCCUACACUUUGAGAAAUUUCCAUAUUGAGGUCUCAAAUCGAGAAAAACUUCACUGAUCCAUGAGACGUAGAGGGUGGGAGAUUGCCAGAGAUACCUGGGCUAAAUUAGCUACUUUAUAAAGGAUGCUCAGUGUCCGGGAAAAUGCAGUGAUUGAGAAUGCAAGAUCUGAAGCCAGAUUGUCUACACUGGAAUUCUUGCCACUUAGCUCUGUGAUCUUGGGCAAGUAACUUCUCUGCACCUCAGUUUCCUCAUCUGUAAUAUGGAGAUAACAGUAGUAUCUACCUCAUAGAUUGUUUUGAGAAUUGAAUCAAUUAAUACAUGAAAAGUGUUUAGACCAAGGACUUGGCCUACCGUGAGAGUUGGCUAUGUUUUAGCCAUCAGCUACCUGAGGGAACUUCAUCUGAAUCCGGAGUAGGGGCAUCCGACUGGAAAGACAUUCAUUCCACUGCUUAGGAGUGUCUUGUGAAUGUGAUUUGCAUAACGGUUGAGGUCCUGCUGACAUCAGGGGAUCCUUGUAGCCCAGGUCAAGAUCUAGCCCUGAAAGCAGUUCUGCCACACAACAGUCCCACAGUCACCCCACCAACCUUGCUUCCUACCCAACUCAUGAAACACCAGGAAGUGAAACAAAGCAGCAGAGCCCCAUGCCUCCAACUCACUCCAUCCGCCAAGGCACCGCUUCCUCCUCCUCCUCUUCCCCUUUCAUCUCUUAUCCUUUCGGGCUCCCAGAAUUGGGACUAGAGGUAGGAAGAGCUUAGGAGACAUUAUACACCAGUGAAGUAAACUCCACCCCCAAAAUACACUGGUUUCCUUACUCAGAUCGAAUGAAUGUAGGGAGAGGCAAACAUUUCUCACUUAAACUGAGAUAACCUCUCUGAUGCUGGAAAUGUUUUAUCCAAACUAAUUUAUCAGUCAUAAUAUCUGAAUCACAGGUUCCAUUGGGCAGUUUUGAAGAGUUCUGAAUGCAGGGAGACCUCUAUGAAGAAUAAAUUUAUCAGAGCUGAAGGGGAAAACUCUUUGGGGAGGCUUUUGGAGCCAUCUGUGUGGUCAUCCAUGGCCUCAUUCUGACGUCUAAAUUGUUCUGGGACCCUCCACUGGGGUUGGGGCAGUCCCGGUCCAGACCACCCUGCACUCCCACGCCCAACCUCACCCUCAGCCGUCUCACUGGAUGUUGCAUCAGGGAGGAUGAUGAAAUCAGUGUCAGUGGAGUUUACCAGUGGAUGCAACGGGCUGAAGGACCAGCCUUGGUCCUUGACUCUGUACACCUCCAACUACCCAGAACUCCUGGACUUCCUAGCCUUCAGGUAGUGGUUUGGGGCUGGAAUAUCUAAACCGGACUCCAAGUCCUUGCUUACACUGGUGUCCCAAAAGAACCAUCACUUGAACCCCACAGAAACUGAAACUUAGGGCCACUGAGGUUGAGGAAUCAGAUGGUUCUUGGUAACAACUUUCUCUGCCUCCAAGAGCCCUCCUGGCCCCCACAGCAAGGCCUAAGUGGCAUCCAUUCUCCCCCAGUGAAAAUAACACUGUGCCCAGAGGAGAAAAAGAAGCCCCCUUAUUUUUGAGUGAGGACAGGAGGGGAGAACCAAACUUCAUUCCAAACUGAAUUUACAUCCUAUUGGGAGAUAAACUAAUGCUUCUAUUUUGUUUUUUCCUCAGGCAGGAAGAGAUAAGGAAAUUAGGAAGGGGUGGGGGUGUAGCUUUGAGAGGCAAAAAAAUGGGGGAAAGGUUAAACAGGAAGGAACUUGAGACUAAAUCAUUUAAAUAUUUGUUACUCCUAACCCCACUCCUCUCCACAGCCAUUUCUAUUCCUGAAGAGCAUUACACAGACAUCCCAUCCCAGGCCUCCAGCCACAGCAACCACGACUCAUUUCCCCUGGAACUGAGGCUGCAUACCUGGGCUCUCCAGGGCGGGGAUGUUGCUGGGAGGGAAAUCCCACCUGCUGUGAGUCACCUGCCAGUAGAAAGGGCGGGUCUUAAAAUGCAGGGACCUUAAAAAGACACUCCCAGACACGGGGAGGAAAACAACAGGAAGCAGCUCAGAGACUCAGUGAACAGAGAGGCACAGGACAGAGAGGAGCAGGCUCGGAGCCAGGGGAAGUGGGCAGGGAUCCACAGGGCCCUGUGCAGCACAAAGCCGACUGGUAAGAAGCCAUGGGGAUCCUGGGGAGUAGAGCCCUGCUGCUGGCGCUGCUGGUCUGGCCCGCGCAGGGCCAGACUGUGCCUGAGCAUAGUCGCCCCGCCUGGGAUCAGUGCCAGCAGCUCUCCCAGAAGCUCUGCACACUGGCCUGGAGUGCACACCCACCAAUGGGACACGUGGAACUACCAAGAGAAGGAGAUGAUGAGACUACAAAUGAGGCCCCUCAUAUCCAGUGUGCGGACGGCUGUGAUCCCCAAGGACUCAGGGACAACAGCCAGUCCUGCUUGCAAAGGAUCCACCAGGGCCUGGUCUUUUACGAGAAGUUGCUGGGCUCAGACAUUUUCACAGGGGAGCCUACUCUACUCCCUGAUGGCCCAGUAGGCCAGCUUCAGGCUUCCUUACUAGGCCUCAGGCAACUCUUGCAGAGGGUCACCACUGGGAAACUGAGCGGACUCCAAGCCCCAGUGCCAGCCAGCCGUGGCAGCGCCUCCUUCUCCGCCUCAAGAUCCUUCGCAGCCUGCAGGCCUUUAUAGCUGCAGCCACCCGG